AUUUUAAAGGUACAUUCUUCAUCUCGCCACCACUAGGGUUUCCUCUCAACGUGCGAGCCCCUCGCCUAGGCGUCUCUCCCUGUUUUUGUAGGGCUUCUUCCCUUGUUUUUCUUUUUGUUCUUUCCAUGGCUCAUCCAUGUAUGUUGGCUUGGACUUAUCGCAAUCUUGGAGAGGUUUACUCUAUUUUUGAGUCAAACCAAUUAUGCCUCCAACAAAUGCCAAACUUUGCCCUGCUCCCUGCAACACAGCAAUCGGGGAUGGAGGUGAAUUUUCUCCGACUAGAUCUAGGGUUGGCUCACUGUUCUGUGAGCAAUUGUGCAAAGCGAAAGGAUGGCUUGACUCUAUUCUAGAAUGAUGAGCUUAACCUUCAAGUUUCCUCUUUCUCGCCAUUAAUAGAUCUAGAGUUGGCUUUGCUAUUCUACGAGCAAUUGUGCAGAGAGAAGCCAUCUCACAUCGAUGUUGUAAUGGUAGAUCUGGGUGGAUGUCAAUGGCCAUUCACAGGGUUUUUCGGCCAACAAAAGAUGGUUUCUCCUCUACUUUGGCUGCGUUUAGGCAACAUCAAUGCUCCCUUGAGCAAAUCGGAAAAGGAGAGAGGCAUUCUCAUAAUUCCGAUUGGGUUCUGCGUGGGAGGCCAUAGGCGGGUUUUGGUGUGGAGGGUCAAUUUUACAUGCUGUGAAGGAAGCUGAUGGGGUUCUGCAAGGGCAGUAUGGUCCUCAAGUGGGUAAAGGGGCUUUAGAUCCCUUAUUAACUAAUGGUAGCAAGGACUUGAUGAGGAUUGGAACAAAUGGGCACAUGUUUGGGUGCACUUGCAGACGAAUAGGGCACUUGCAGACGAAUAGGGUACUUGGUGACUGCACAGAGGAGGACCAUACCCCUCCUCUUGCUGAUUAUUUUUUAAGAAUGGUUUGGAUGGCAACCUAUAGUUUGGGGACUGU